AUGGAUACUUCCUCGGAGCUGUUUAUUAGAGACAGAUUUCCCGAGUUUGUAUGCAAACGCAGUGCAUUAUGCGGUAGCGGGGUUCAAUCAUUGCCAUAUGUAUCAUCAAUUGCGGUUGAUUCAAAUGUCGAAACCGUUGGUUGUGGUAACCCUCCCUGGUGCCGUGCAGUGGAGGGAUUUUCUGCACUUGAGCGAACUGUUCGGGAGAAGCUGAAGCGUCUCUUCGAGCGACAAUACGAGUUUCUUCAACCCAAAUUUGUGUCCGAUGAAGAAGAGGAGAACAUGAAGCAGGGAGAAAUUGGCAAGGAGGCGCAAGAGGUGCAGAAACUGUUGAAAGAAUUAGAACGGAUGGUUUCAGGAUGUGACCUCCACCGACGCGCGCCCAGUGAGGAUGAGCGAAGGGUUUCUUGUAAUGUCAAGAGAUACCUCUCGCUUCAUCUCUUGGAACUUACUCAAAUGUUCAGGGGAGGGCAAAUAUUAUUCGCAACAAAGUUGAAGCAGCGAGAAGAGAAGGUGAAUCGAUAUAAGUUGAUUGGCUCACCGGAGGCACACAGGCGGAUGGAGCAGGAAGACCGAAUAACGCACUAUCUCGAAAAGGGUUAUACGCAAACAGAUAUUAAAGAGCUUCUACUCGAGGAUGAGCGUGAGCAGCGCGUCGGUCGAGAAAUUAGCGAAAUCGUCGAAAGCAUUAAGGAACUUCAUACCGUGUUUGAGAGCCUUAACUCGUUGGUAGUUGACCAGGGUUCUGCCUUAGACCGUAUUGAUGUUGCCAUUCAACAGACGAGAACUAGUGUGGCUGAUGGCGUCACUAUGUUGAAAGACGCACGAAACAAUUCGAGCAGUUGUACACUAAUGUAA